AUGCCGGGCGCGCCGGGCUUGACACACGCUCUCGCCGGGCACAAAGUCACCGCAUGCUCACUUACGGCCUUCGCCGGCUUAUGGUGGACCCCGGUCCUGCUGCUGAUAGUUUCGUUCUUCGUAUUUCUGUUGGGGACCUACGGUCCCGGCGACCCGGUGGAAGUGCGCCUGGGUCACAACUACACGCCUGAGCUUGCCGAGCGGCUGCGCGAAAGACUUGGUCUGAACGACCAUUUCUUCGUGCAGUACGCUCGUUACGUCGGCCGAGCGGUGCAGGGAGACCUGGGCAAAAGUCUCACGUUCCAGAACCGCGACGUAAUCACGCUCAUCGGACCGAAGCUGCUCACGUCGGCCCAGUUGAACAUCGCCGGAUCGAUCAUCGCGAUAGGUUCGGCGUACCACUGGGCUUUUACGCUGCACGGCGACAGGGCACGUGGGUCGACCCUACCCUGGUGUUUUGCGCGCUGA